CCAGCCAGGUGCAAACUGAAAACUGCAAUGGCGAACACAACAAGAUCCAUAGCUAUUGUUCUUAUUGUGCUUGCGGCCUUGUCCUUUGGUUUCCCUGCCAUCGAUGCCGACGCCACCCUCCUCGUCAAGACAUGCAAGAAGACCACAAACGCCUUGUUGUGCCUGGCAGUGUUGAACGUCGACCCAAAGAGCGCCUACGCCACCACCGAGCACGACCUUGCCAGCGCCGCACUGCAGGUCGCAAUUAACACUGCUGACCACAACGUCGAGGUCAUCCACAACUUAGCCAAGGAUGUCCAAGGCACACCUGAAGGAGGCGCGUUGAACAUCUGCCUCGGGGCCUAUGUUGAUGCCGCCAAC